AUGGCAACUAUAAAUAAUAAUAGUACAUCAUUAGAACCAAUAGCUUUAAUAGGUAUAUCAUGUGAAUGUGCAGGUGAUAUUCAUUCACCUAAUGAUUUAUGGGAUGCAUUAAAAGAAAGUCGUGAUGUUGGUAGUACAACACCAAUUGAUCGAUUUGAUCUUGAAUCAUUUACUGCUCAUAUGAUUAAUAUGGAUAAUAAUGAACAACUUCUUCAAAAACUUCUUCGUGCUGGUUAUUUUAUGUCAAAUCAACAAUGGGAUAUGUUUGAACCAAGUUUCUUUGAUUUAUCAGAUGCUGAAGCAGGCAGUGUUGAUCCAUGUCAUCGAUUACUUAUGUUAAAAUUUGUUCAUUUACUUGAUGAUGCUGGAUAUAGUAUUGACAAAAUCAAUGGUACAAAAACAUCAGUACAUAUUGGACAAUUUUCAACAGAUCAUGCAAUUGCAACAACUCGUAUGAGACUUGAACAUCGAUCAAGAUUUCAUGGACCAAAUACAUUAUUAUAUAAUGCAUCAGCACGUUUAUCAUAUCAUUUUUAUUUACAAGGUUCAAAUUUAUCACUAGAUGUUACUUGUUUAUCAUCUUUAAGAGUUUUACAUAUGGCUGUACAAUAUCUUCGUACAAAUGAAGCUGAUAUGACUGUAUGUGGUGAUGAUCUUGGUCUUCUAUUAUUAAAACAAUUGAAUGAUGCUGAAUAUGAUGGUGAUCGUAUUUAUUGUGUUAGUCGUGAUGUACUUAGCGGACAUACAGAAGGUGCAGCUGGUGUUGCAUCACUUAUUAAAGUUACUAUCUGUUUGUAUCAUCGUGGUAUUACAGCAAAUAUGCAGUUUACUUCAUUUAAUCCAAAAAUAGAUGCACAAAAAUAUAAUCUACAUAUUCUUCAAAAUUUUAUACCAUUUCCAACUCUUCCAAAUAAUGAAAAAAUAGCUAUAGGUGUUAAUUCAUUUGGAAUGGAUGGUACAACGACACAUGCUAUUAUUGAAGAAUAUCAACCAAUAAAUAAAACAUCAAUUACAAAUGGUCAUAUCAAUGGAUAUCACAUUAAAACAAUCUUGAUUUUUCUCAGUCAUCAACAAUCACAAGAACAAAUUAAUGCUUUUCUUACUGAACAAGCGUCACCAGGCUUUUCAAUCAUAUCACGUCCAAUAAAAUCAUUAGCACAAAAAAUAUGUUUUGUUUUUAAUGGACAAGGUCCACAAUGGUGGUCUAUGGGUAGACAAUUAUAUGAAAGUGAACCUUUAUUUACUAAAUGGAUUAAUUUAAUUGAUGGAGAAAUGACAAAAAUUAAUAAGGGUGAAUGGAGAUUAUUAGAAGAAUUAAUUGAAAAGAAAACUGAACAAGAAUCUCGUAUUAAUGAUACAAAUAUUGCUCAAUCAACAUUAUUUGCUAUACAAGUUGCAUUAUCAGUAUUACCUGUUUCAUGGAAUACAUAUCCAUCAUUUAUAAUAUCACAUAGUGCUGGUGAUCAAGCAGCUGCUUUUGUUGCUGAUCGUUUAAGUUUAAAAGAAACUGUUCGUAUGUUAGCUGAUGAAGCAGCAAAUGUUUUCCUUGAAAUUUCACCACAUCCGGUUUUAGCAAAAUCAAUUCGUGAAUGUUAUGAAUUAACAAAUCAACAACAAUCAUCACCACCACUUAUUCUUCCAACAUUAAAACGAAAAGAAGACGAACAAAUAACAUUACUGACUAGUUUAGCACAACUUACAACAUCAUCUCAUGUAUGGCAACAAUAUUUUCAUACUCGUCAAAUUUUAUCUACGAAAAAUCACGAAGAAUAUUUUGAUAAUUUUCCAUCAUAUAAAUUUCAUUUGAGUCCAUGUUGGUAUGAAUCAAAAGAUUCAUCUAUACCACGUUUAGCUAAUCGUAUACCUAUUCAUCCAUUACUUGGUAUUCGUCAGUUAAAUGAUCAAACAAGUGCAACAUGGAAAACAGUUGCUUAUCUUGAACUUGCAACAGCUGCUUGUCAUCAAUUACUUUCAUCAAAAGAUGAUGAAUAA